UAAAAAUAGCAAACGUUGUCGACGACGUUUGCUUUGUGCAUACUUUGCAUGUACGAAUCAAAUGUUAUAGCUCCAUCGUACAGCGUUUUUUAUAGUUUCAUAAUAUGGAGGGAAAACUGAAUUCUAAUUUAACUAAUGACGCCUUCCAAGUGAAUGCAUCUAACUUCAGGCAUCAUGAUCUAUAUUCUGAAAAUGUUUUCUACGAUUUGAUUCCUGUGAAAACUGCAGCCUACUGCCUUCUCCUGUUGGUAUCUGUUCUUGGUAACAUCUUCAUUAUAACAACUGUUUGCAAAGAUGAGCGACUAAAAACUACUACAAACUUUUUGGUGGCUAACUUGGCAGUCAGUGAUUUCAUAGCAUCAUUUUUCCUAGUACCAUUACAGCUUACUCGGUUAUAUUUUGGAAAGAAAUGGUUCAUUAUGGGGGAAUUCGGAGACGCUUUAUGUAAACUAAGUAUCUUUAUUCCCGACACUUCAACRUCAGUUUCGUUUUACAGCUGCGUUUUCAUCGCCUUUGAUCGAUAYCUCGCUGUUGCUCAUCCACUGAGAGGAGGCUUUAGCAGGUCUCGGCUAAAGUACAUCAUACCAGGGAUWUGGAUCUUUUCAGCACUGAAUGUGUCUCCCUACUUUUAUUCUUUUAAGUUAGUUACCUCUCAUAAUUCACAUUUCUGUUUCUAUGAGGACGAAAGGUUUUUAAAGGCUCACUUUUAUUUCCUUGUCGUAGUUAACUUUGUUAUUCCAAUGCCGAUCAUAACAACUUUGUAUUCAAUGAUCGUGUACAAGCUUCGUCGUCAUAAAGCCCCAGGAAAUACAACAGAUGUUGCAUUAGAAAGAAGACGGCAGCAAAACAACAAAGUGACGAAAAUGUCCAUAACUAUUGUCAGCCUGCAAUUCUUGAGUUGGGCAUAUUUCAGUGUUAUUGUAAUUUUAUCAUGGGAAGGUAUCAUGAUAAAAUCCCGUAUCCUUAGCGAUAUUGUUUACUUUUCCGGUAAUUUUAUAGUUGACAUGAGUUAUUCUUAUAACUUUUUCAUCUAUUUGGUCUUUAAUGGUAUAUACCGUGAAAAUUUUAAACGAAUAAUAUCCAAGUGCAUCUGUAGAGGUGCUUGUAGUGCUGUGGUGGUAAGGCCUGACAUUGCAGGGAUCGAAAAUUCUACGUGUAAUGGUGGAGAAGACCAGACUCGUACACUUCACAUGGAAACUUUGAACCCUUCAUAAACUUAGGAUUUGGUCGGACCACAGAGCCUUAUGAGUUCCUAGAGUGACAUGGUAGCAUUAUUCUGACAACCAAUUUUUAUGGAAGGAAAAAGGAUUGCUUUUCAACAACAAACCUUUGAGGGGAUAGAAUGUUCUAGAUAUAAAUUCAAAGAAAUUUAGAAUAGAACAAUAAAAAAGAGAAACACCGGACCUUUAAAGCUUAUGGUCCAAACCGCCCGAACCCCCCAGCCUACGGUCAUGAAUAUCACAAUUUCAGAGAUUGGUCUUGAAGUAAUGUUUAAAGUCCGACAAUGAGGACUGGACGGGGUUUCAAGUCC